UGGGUUGCUUACUUAAAUGCAUGCGACGACAACAAUGGCACAAUGCUCCCUUAAUUACUCUGUCCUGUCACAAAGCAGUAGAUCCAUGGAGAAACUAAUGGCGACGCUUCUGCUGGCGCUGGUCCUUUUGCCGCCGGGAGAAGUGGAAGCGCAAACUUCUCAGACUUGUGCGGCGGAACUGGUCCCCUGCGGGCAGUACCUCAACUUGACGACGGGAACGCCGUCGGAUUCCUGCUGCAUCCCAAUGCGUAACGCUGUCGAGAACGAGCUCGACUGCCUCUGCGCCAUCCUCACCGACCCCAGCGUCUCCAGUGCCUUUAACCUCACCAUCGAGAGGACCACCCAUAUCGCCAGGGCCUGCGGCAUCGCCAACCUCAACGGCUGCUCCUCCGGUCCAUCGUCAUCCCGCACACCUCCUCCCCCUCCAGCAGUACUUGAAUUUUACCAAAAUUUCAAUUUUUGCUUUUCAAUUUGAAUCAAAAUUGUUCUUAUUAUUACAAGCAGAUGAUUUCUACUUCUUCUUCUUCUCCAGUACUUAGAUUUAUCCAAAAUUUCUACUUUUUUUUCAAGUCGAAUAGAAAUUGUUCUUAUUCUCUCAAGCAGAUGACUUUUUCAUCUUCUUCUUGUUUCAAUUAAAGUAUUGUAGUUGGUCAAACUCAGUAGGCUCCUGAUUAAGAACAACAAGCAGAUAGCAACAAUUUGUCAAACACAAAGUUGGAAUUCUACCUUAGAACUUAGUCAAGCUCGUUGAACUGGAAUUAUGGUCGAACACAUAUAUGACUUGAUCAAAGUAUCUGCAAGUCAAGUCAAUAGCAUGACAUGGUUGAUAAAGAUGUGUAAUAUGUGGAGAUUGGGAUACCAAUAUACACAAGAAAAUAAUACACAUGCAGAGAAUUGCGUGACCAAAUUUUUUUGUUUAUACAAAAAAUAAUCUUAAAAUUUAAGUUUGAGAAGCAAAAGUUAAAAAAAAAAAAAUGAACUAAAUAAGAUCUUCAGGUGGUUCCUAUUGUUCUGCUUGUCUAUGUUUUACUUGUUGUAUUCUUCUCUAGACUCACAAGAACAUUUGCUGAGGUCUUUAGCCUGCUCCAUUGGGUAUUCUAAUGACUGUAGUGGCAAAACACGUGGCGGAGAGGGCUAGGUCAAGGGAAAGGGCCAUGGCUGCACAAGGAAAAUAAUGGAAGGGAGUAUGCCAGCUUCGUGAUCUUUGUGUAGAAUUUAAUUCUAUCUACCUAAGUAAAUACAAUAAAAGCCAAGUGUCUAGGUAUUUCUACCCUUCAUUCAUCUAGAAGUGGCCGGCCCGUUCCACAAAAGUUUCUCACCGACUAUCGGAUAAAUCCAGUAAACACAGAUGGGGCACGGGGGACGGUCAACGCCACCAUUGGUUCAAGCAUUGUAGACAUUUAUUUACGUUUUGUGGUAAUUGAACCCUCGUUGCUUGAAAAUUCAUCCAUCUAUUUACCAUCGCACCCCCUAGGGGCAAACCUAAACCUAAGUAAAUACAAUGAAGCAAAAGAUGAUUUCUCUCGCCCCAAGCGCCUCUCAUCGCCAGCCAAGUAAAUACAAGAUAUGUCCUGAUGAGGUUAGAGAGAGUUAUUAUUGUCUCAUAUAGUUGGACACUAACAGAGAUCUUAGUGUGCAUGAAUUCAUUUAACAUUUAUGGGCAAAUUCAGAAACACUCCUUGACAUAAUCACCCCAAAACUGAGAAAUUAGAUUGGCAUGUUCACAUUUCCAUUUUUUUUUUUUGUGUGUGGAAAUUAUAUAAUUGAUUAGGGCUACAAUGAAAAUGAAAAUGAAAACAGAAGUCUGAAUAGAUUACUAACUUGU